AUGCUGAAGGGUAACAUCAAUCUGCCUUUUACUUGUAUUAAUUCUUUCUUUCUUUCUUUCUUUCUUUCUUGCUUUCUUGCUUUCUUUCUUUCUUUCUCUCUCUCUCUCUCUCUCUCUCUCUCUUACCUGGCUGAUAUGACUAAAAGGCAGAUGCGACCCGAGUCUUUUCCUGCAUAUAAGACUUACAGUGGGUCUCUUCAUUAUCUCUCUAUCUAUCUAUGUCGUUCCACCGAAAGUGGGAAUAGUAGGGGGCCGAGCUGGAAACAUUUCUUCUUCUUCUUCUUCUUCUUUUUCUUCUUCUUCUUCUUCUUCUUAAGAAGAGGAAGAAGGACUAAUCCCACAGUUCGGAACAUUGUUUUCUUUCUUUCUUCCUUUCUUUCUUUCUUUCUUCCCUUCUUUCUUUCUUUCUUUCUUUUCCCCGUUCAUUCUGACCAGUUUAUUUCGUUCAUCACUCUUUCUCUAUUUUUUUUCGAAUUCUUUCUCCACUUUCUCUCUUUAUAUUUUCUCUAUCUCUUUCUCCAUUUACCCGCUUUCUCUUUUCUUUUUUCAAUCUCUUUAUCCAUUUUUCGACAUACUUUUCCUCUCUUUGAAUUCUCUCUCCCCAUUUUCUUUAUCUUUCUAGUACUCCUUCUUAUCGCUGUCUUUCUCCCUUUUUCUCUCUCUACCUUUAUCAAUUUUACCUCUUUCUUCUUUCUUUCUUCUCUCUUUCUUCUUUUUGUCUUCUCCCUCUCCCUUUUCCUCUCUCUUUUGUUAUUUUCGCUCUCCCUCUAUAUCUUUCUCUAUUUUCACUCUGACUUUCACCAUUUCCCUCUCCCUUCCUUUCCCCAAAUUCUCUCUCUUUUCCCCAUUUUCACUCACUCUCUCUCUCUCUCUCUCUAUCACACACACACACACACACACACCAAUUUUCACUCUGCCCUUCUCCAUUUUCUCACUCGGCAUUUUUCACCUUCUCCCUUUCUUCUUAUUUUUUAUUUCAAUGUUUUUAUUUUUCUAGAAGGAUGUCUUUCUCUUUCUAUUCAAACUUUUUGGUGUACUUCCAUCCUCUACCCCUUCGCUUCCUUCCUUCCUUCCUUCCUUCCUUCCUUCCUAGGUUUCCAUUGCUUCCAUCUUUUCUGUUCUUCCUUCACUCCUCUCUCCACUUCAAUCCUUUUUUAUUUCCUUCAAUUCUGUCACUUUCUUCCUCUAUUUCUUAUCUUUUUUCUUUUUCCAUUUUGUUCAUUUCCUAUCUUUACGUAUGCAUUUCUUUCCUUCUGCCACUUCCAUUUUGACCUUCUUUUUUGCACUUCCUUCGUUUCUUGCGCCACUUCAAUUCUCCUUACACUUCCUUACUCUACUAAUCCCCCUCUUAACAUUUUCCCUUUUGUUCUCGUCAUUUCUCCACUUCUCUCUUUUUUGGUUUGUGUUACAUCCUUCUUUCCUGCACUUCCUGCACUUCUUUCUUUGCUGCACUUCCUUCCGCCCUCCACUUUAAUUCUUCUUUCCUACCUCCACCUCGUUCACUACCUUCGCUUUUCUAUUUCGUUCAAUUUCCUUUCCCCCCCCACCUCCAAUUCUUUCCUUCUUCCUAUUCCAUUACCUCCUUCUUUACAACACUUUCUUCAUUUCCUUCAUCCUCCCACUCUCUACUUUUUUCCUUUACAUCGUUCCUUCUUCCUCUUCAUUUCUACCUGA